GUUCAGUCUCUCGCGUUUCGUCACACUGAUAGGAGGUGAUUUUGUUGCGUGUGGUGCUUCCUCCUGAUAGUAGCGCAAACACUGUGGACAGUGUGGAGUUAAUAGUGAAAACAGGAUCGGGGUUUCUGUGAUUUUUUUUUGUUUCCAUUCGAAAUCAGUGUAAAGUACGUUUGGCCGGGAUAUCACCCCCUACCUUCUUUCGCUCGUGUCGCGUCUCUAGCAGGAACUGUGGAAGGUCACAGCUGUUCUAGGUCGGGGUGAUAGGAAAUCGGAGGAAUCGAUUGAAAAUGUAGGCAGAGGAUUCAAGUCAACACGAUUACGGCUUUCGCGACUAGUGUGGCAACAGUGUUUCAGAAACAAAUAGCGAGAAAAAGUUAGCCAAAUAUUCAAUAUUCAGAUUCGGUACAGUUUUGCGCUCUCGCUCCGCUUUUCUGCCGAUGUUGUUUGCUUCCACACCGAGAACCGCACCUUCGUCGGCAACAUCGGCAAUAAGAGGGCAAUAACAAUUCGCAGCAGUGAAAAGGAUAAUACUUAGGCACACCCUCAAAAAAAAAAAACGUACCGCACUCGGUCGUGAAAUGGCGUGACAUUACAAGUUUAUUCAAUCCCGUAUCCGACUUCAGCAGUGUUUUUUCCGUCCUAUGGCCUUGGUACGUGUGUGUGUGUGUGCUUGUGCACAGCGUACUUAUGAGUAGCGAAAGCUGAAGAAGAACAAGAAAAAGUGAUGCUUAUCUAAAUAUCCAUUUCACGCAAGGACAAUCCAGGCAAGUAGGACGCGAUAGCGAUAGUAGUCAAGAGAAAUCGAAAAGCAUCCGGGAAGCGUUGGAGUGCGGAUACAGAAUGGAAAGUGACUGCCGUGGAAAAGCACUGGCUCAUCAUCAUCAUCAUCCUGAUCGUCGUCAUCCCAGUUGGCCGUUGUUUUCAGUGUCGUUUUCCAGCAGCAGCAGCAGUGCAACGGUGGCAGCGCUGCCAGCUGGUGCUUCGAGUGUCAAGUGUUAAAGCGGUUGCUAGUAGUGUCAGUGGUGGCGUCGUCGUCGUCGUAGUCGUUGCCGUGGCAUUGGGUUAAUAAGCGAAACGGGUGCAAAAUGAUAAGAAUGUCAUUGGUGAAAGAGCAACAUUCGCACUUUGUUUAAUUUGAACACCGAAGGCCGAAGAAAGGGGUGCUGCGGUUCAGUUGCUGGCAGGUUCCGAGCAGUAGAGAAAAGCUGGGAAAGCAGUAAGCAGAGUGCAGUGAAGCAAGCACUAGCAAGAGCUGGAGCGAUUUGGACGGAAGUGAGCGUGUGUACAGCUCUAGCCCGUUUCAUGUUUCGUGUGUAAUCCAAUCCGGAGCCGGAAAAAAUCUCGACAGGAAUGUUCCACAAAUGGUAUGCAAAUCUGAGUAAUCGUACAAUCGCGAUUACCAUCGUCGUGUGCAUCUGUAUGCUGUACGUCUCCUACACAUUCAAUACGUGUCUGGUGGCCAGUAUCAAUCGGACAUGGCGGAAGGCACACACAGGUCUCACGACAGUGACGACCCCUACAGAGGAGACGGAAGCGCCACAAAUCAAAAUUCUCGGUUCGAUAGUUCGGAUCGUUCCGCUGACCGGUGAUGGUAUCAUCGGUUUUGAACCCAAAGGGUUCGUCAACGCGACCGACGGUUCACCCAAGUAUCGUUUCCUUCGCCAGCAAGGACUGCGGCCCUCGCGCCACCUACCGGACGCUUUAAUUAUAGGGGUUAAAAAAAGCGGCACACGUGCUCUGCUGGAGUUUAUCCGGCUACAUCCGGAUGUGCGAGCGGCCGGUUGCGAGGUACACUUCUUCGAUCGUCACUAUGCAAAGGGUCUGCACUGGUAUCGGCAUCACAUGCCACCGACGAUCGAGGGCCAAAUCACUAUGGAGAAGACACCAAGUUACUUCAUCACCAAAGAAGCUCCCAAGCGGGUAUAUCACAUGAACCCCGGCACCAAGCUGCUGGUGGUCGUUCGCGAUCCGGUGACACGAGCGAUUUCCGACUACACCCAGGCGCGCAGCAAAAAGAAGGACAUGAAACGGUUCGAAGAGCUGGCCUUUCUCAACGGGACCUCCGGUGGCAUCGUCGACACAGCCUGGGGGCCAGUCAAGAUCGGUGUCUACGCCAAACAUUUAGAGCGUUGGUUGGAGUACUUUCCCCUAUCGCAGUUGCUCUUCGUUAGCGGCGAACGGCUGAUAGCGGAUCCGGCCGUCGAAAUUGGCCGCGUGCAGGAUUUCCUCGGCCUGAAGCGAGUCGUAAACGAGAAACACUUUUACUUCAACUCGACCAAAGGUUUUCCGUGUCUGCUCAAGUCCGAGGAGCGCUCGUCACCGCACUGUUUGGGGAAAACGAAGGGACGCAAUCAUCCCCGGAUCGAACCGCAGGCCGUCGAGCGGCUGCGCGAGUUCUACCGGCCGUUUAAUCUUAAAUUUUACCAGCUAACCGGGAUCAACUUCGGCUGGCCUUGAGCUGAGAACGCUGAAUGGCUUAAGACAUUAGAUAGGUGUACAUAAGUAGCUACAGAAUGGGUACUGAAAAAAUCUUAUUUAUACUAGAAACACACGUAGAGUUCCUAGAUUAGGGUCCGAGACAAGGUGGAGAAGAGUUAGGUUCCCGUGAAAUGUUUAGAACAAUUUGUUGCCUAUACCAAAUGUUUGCGAGCGAUAUUAAUUGGGUACCUAAUUUAGCUAUUGAGGUUAUGCUAGUUUCAUGUUGGCACAAUUUUAGCCCCCUCUAGUUGGCUUUUUCCUAGGACGUUAUUCGCUAAGUUAUGCUGCGCAAAGCCGUGCGCAGGAUUUUUGUUGAGAAAACACAUUUACAGAUAUUUUAUAUUUAAAAAACUGCAAAAAAUCACAAUUAGAUUCACCCACAACAUUUCGAAAGAUUGUCGCGGAUACAAACCUUACUGCACUAACAUGUUUUUCAAUUGAUUCUUCAAUUUCAAACUGUCUGAGUUUGAUAUUUUCAAUGUAAGGUAAACAGAAAGUUUAAAUUAGUUUAUUCUAAUGAAGUUCGAACUAUUUGUUUAUUAUUUGUACAUCAUUCUGAGAAAAUGUGUUUGUACAUUUCAGUGCGGUGAUGACAAUUUACCAUGAACAGCGCACGGCAAUGGCAUAAUGAAUAAAUUAACGACAGUUAUAUUUAGUAGAGUUGAUGAAUCUUUGUCUUUCAUUGUUUUUUGCAUUCAACACGCGGAAAAAAUGGUACGAUAAUCAUAACCAAGAUUCCCAUCUUAUGAAUCCCAUUGAAACCAACGUUUUUGGGGGUCGACUGAGGUUCUAUCAAAUUCGUAAGAAAAAAAAUCGCAUUACCUGUGGAAAGUCCCGUAAUAUUAAGCCAUUGUUGCACAACACAAAUCAAAGAAAUCCACUAAUGAAAACACAUCUAAAACUAGUCAGCCUAUACACCAGAGAGACGCCGAGACACUCACCGUUAAGGCAACUGUCAACAUCAAAACGGUUAACGGCAAUGCAAAAUUAUACAGCUCGCCCGUUUUGAUGUUGACAGUUGCCUUAACGGUGAGUGUCUCGGCGUCUCUCUGGUGUAUAGGCUGACUAUCUAAAACGGUGGCAGACCCACCGACGCGAGAAAAUAAAAAAAAACGAAAACGACGCCACGCGUCUAUGGUUACUUAGAUUCGCACAAAUAAUAUAAUACCGGUGAAACAAAUUGUUUCAAGCGCAAAAUUUCGAAGUUCACCCGAAGGAUCUCAACAAUUUUAGCUUUAAGUAAAUUUGCUAACAUAAAAUAAAAAAAAACCCGAAAGCGAAGGGUGAACGCAUUUACCUAUUGGAAUAAAACGGAUAACGAUUUCGA